AAAUAUCGAUGUUUCGAUUAAUCGAUUAACAUCGCCCAUCCCUACUACAACUACAAGCGGAGAGGACGUCACAGUACAGUUAACCUAUAGAUGUUUAUGAUCGCGGCGAGUUUCGGUAGACGUUCUAACAAGAAAAAUUAAUAGAAAUGAGAUUUACAUCGAUAUUAUUUCGUAAUGCGAGACAACCACAGAAUGAAAAUAAGGUGCCUUUUAAGGCGGUCUUGCCAUUAAAACUAAGAGAUUUCGUAAGCUCAAAGCGUCAAAUGACAAAAGAAAAGGGAUGUUUAUAUGAAAUGUCUUUGCUUUUAACUUGUCUCGAAGAAAAUGAGUUUGAAGACAAAAGGUGUAUCCCACAGUUGAAUGCAUUAAAUCAAUGCUUCCAAGUUUAUACCGAUAAUAUGCAGCAUGCGCGAACUGAGAAAGAGCAAGUAGUAACUGUACCUAAUAGUAAGAACCUCACACAUAAACAGGUCACAUACCUUAUUCGAAGAUAUCCAACAGUAUAACACUUCAUAGUGCAGCACCAAUUGCAUUGUAAGUCAAUUUAGAUUAACAUACAUAAUAUAAAUGCAUAAAAUGCAUACAUGUUUAUGUAUAUAUUUAUAAAGACUUCUAAAUACAUCUUUAUUUCAAUUUGUACAAUUGUAUUAGUAAAGUGUGUACAUAGAC